AGCUUAGCAGCUGAAGAAUCAGAGCUGCGAUUUAGACAAUUAACGAAGGAAUAUCAGGCCCUGCAGAGAGCCUAUGCAUUAUUGCAAGAGCAAACUGGGGGUAUAAUAGAUGCAGAAAGAGAAGCCAAGGCACAGGAGCAACUCCAAGCUGAAGUCCAGAGGUAUAGAGCAAAAAUAGAAGAUCUGGAAAAAACACUGGCCCAGAAAGGACAGGACUCACACUGGGUAGAAGAUAAGCAACUUUUUAUUAAGAGGAAUCAGGAGCUUUUGGAUAAGAUAGAAAAAUUGGAAAUAGAGAACAAUCGACUGCAACAGGAGCUGCAAGAUGCCAGAGAUCAGAAUGAACUCUUGGAGUUUCGAAAUCUAGAACUUGAAGAAAGAGAAAGAAGAUCUCCACCUUUUAAUCUACAAAUCCAUCCAUUCUCUGAUGGUGUAAGUGCUCUACAGAUCUACUGUAUGAAAGAAGGUGUCAAGGAUGUUAGCAUUCCAGACCUUAUAAAGCAGUUAGACAUCUUGGGUGACAAUGGGAAUUUAAGAAAUGAAGAGCAAGUGGCUAUAAUUCAAGCUAGUACUGUAUUAUCUCUGGCAGAAAAGUGGAUACAACAGAUUGAAGGGGCUGAAGCAGCUUUGCACCAGAAGAUGAUGGAACUAGAAAGUGACAUGGAGCAGUUCUGUAAAAUAAAAGGUUAUCUAGAAGAAGAACUGGACUACAGGAAACAAGCUCUUGAUCAAGCCUAUAUGAGAAUCCAGGAGCUUGAAGCUACCCUUUACAAUGCUUUGCAACAAGAAACGGUGAUAAAGUUUGGAGAACUGCUGAGUGAAAAACAGCAGGAAGAACUUCGAACUGCUGUAGAGAAACUGAGAAGGCAAAUGCUGAGAAAAAGCAGAGAAUAUGAUUGCCAAAUCCUUCAAGAGAGAAUGGAAUUGCUGCAACAGGCACAUCAGAGGAUCCGAGAUUUAGAAGAUAAAACAGACAUUCAGAAGAGGCAGAUCAAGGAUUUGGAAGAAAAGUUUCUGUUUCUGUUCUUGUUCUUCUCUCUUGCCUUUAUUCUUUGGCCUUGA